AUGCUUCGUGCUCCAAAGCGUCAGCGCUACACAUUUGAGCAAGACCUUCAGACCCAAAUUGAGGCACGGGGCCUGGUGGGUGCACAGGUUCCAGCAGCUGAGGAGGAGGAUUCCUCUUCUGCCUUCAACUUCUCCUCCCUCUCUUCCUUUUCCUGUUCCCCCACUUCUUCUCCCUGUUCCUCCCCCUGCUCUUCAUCUUCUUCCUUCCACUUCUCCUACCCCUCCACCUCUUCCUCAUCUUCUCCUCUGAACGUGGGCACCCAGGAUGAGGAAGAGGUGCCUGCUGCUGUGACACCGAGUACUCAUCAGAGUCCUCAGAGAUCCUUCUCCUUCUCCACUUCAUUGAGCACCUCACAUGAGGACUCCAGCAGUGCAGAAGAGGAGGAAAGUCCAAGCACUGGUCAGGCCUCAGUAGGCACCGAGUCCUCACCCAGAGAUCCGCUAGAAGAGAAGGUGACUGAUUUGGUGCAGCUCCUGCUCCUCAAGUAUCAAACGAGACAGCCCAUCACAAAGGCAGAAAUGCUGAACACUGUGAUCAAGAGGUACAAGAACCGAUUCGCUGUGAUCUUCAAGAAAGCCUGUGAGUGCCUAGAGAUGGUCUUUGGCAUUAACGUGAAGGAAGUGGACCCCACCAUCCAUUCUUAUGUCCUUGUCAAAUCACUGGAUCUAACAUACGAUGAGGUAGUCAUUAAUGGUCAAGGCAUGCCCAAAAAUGGCCUCCUAAUAAUUAUCCUGGGUGUGAUCUUCCUGGAGGGUAACUGCAUCCCUGAGGAAGACAUUUGGGAAGUGCUGAAUAUUAUGGGAGUGUAUGCUGGGAGCAAACAUGCCAUCUAUGGGGAGCCCAGGCAGCUCAUCACCAGAGAUUGGGUGCAGGAAAAGUACCUGGAGUACCAGCAGGUGCCCAAUAGUGAUCCUGCCCGCUAUGAAUUCCUGUGGGGUCCAAGAGCCCACGCAGAAACCAGCAAGAUGAAAGUCCUAGAAUUUUUGGCCAAGCUUAACGGGACUGACCCCAGUUCCUUCUCACCCUCGUAUGAGGAGGCUUUGAGAGAUGAGGAAGAGAGAGCUCAAGCCAGAAUUGCCCUCACAGGUAGUACUACAGAUAUGCUCACUGCACAGUGUUGGCCAGCAGCCUUUUCUUCCCCCAGUGAAGACUGA